AUGAGUGGUACGGGAGCGGGUCCCGCGGGACUGGCGAGACGGCUUCCGGUCUUUGAGCCCCUUGCACGGCCCAGCUACGAUCCCUUGGGGCCGCUGAGUGGCUACGACUUGGGCAAAGGGCCUCAGGGUGAGCCGGUGUGGAGCCGCCUCAAGAGUUCGAUUUAUCCAGUUCUCGACCUUUGCGUGGACGCAUACUAUGCAUCGCUGAGCAGCAGUUUCCAGGGCGACAUCGAGUUCACACAUCACACAGGCGCCGUGGAAGAAUUGAUGCGAGAGGGUGCUGAUGUAGAGGUGCGGGACGAAUUGAGUGGUGGAUCGCCUUUGCAUUUCGCCGCUGGCUCUGGAUCUCAGGCAAUUUGUAGACUCCUUCUGCAGGCAAGGGCGAGGGUCUGUGCAAAGGAUGUCCGCCUUCAGACACCUCUUUGGUGGGCUGUAGCUGCAAACCACAGGAGCAUUUGUGCAAUGCUUCUUGAAGAAGACGGUCGACAAGCAUACUCCACCAACAUUGACCAUCUCACGCCGCUACACCAGGCUUCUCUAAUGGGCAGGUCCGAGAUUGUAGAGCUCCUUCUCUCAGCGACUUGUGGAAAUGCUGGCCUCCGAAAUCGGUAUGGCCGUCCUGAACGGCUCCCUUCAGGUCCAAACUUGCGAGCUGGGCGAGGCCUCUUAUCACCGUUACACCUGGCCUGCCGCCAAGGAAACUUAGCAACAACUGCAGUCCUGCUCAAAGCGGGUGGAGACCCGCAGGUGGUGUGCAGCCUUGGCCGCACCGCAUUGCAUCAUGCAUGCGCCGGCGCCGGCACAAAGUCCCAAGGCAAGGACGGUGGGCUCUUGGAGCUCUGCCAUUUGCUCAUCCGAUCUCGCCCCUCCAUCCUGUCGCUGCGAGAUACACAUGGAAUGACUGCAGCACAGCUGGCACAGAGCAGAGGCUUCUUUCCACCGGAGCUCAGGCUACUCCUGUCUCGAGUGCCUCCUCCAGGAACCACGGCCAAAGACAGGGCCGGGGCCGGUCGGCGAGCCUCGUCUGUUUCAGGCUGUUCCGUGCGCCGCAAGCCCGGUGCUCUCAGCGCAGCUUGA